CGAGUCGCACAUACACGACACCCUCUGUCUCUCUCUCGGUCGAUAUGAGCACGAGACCCUUGCAUCUUCACGUGAAAGUCACAAACACAGGGACGCGUUCUCCCGGCACAUAUAUCGCCAUGCAAUAGCGCUCUGCCCUUGCUACUGCUACAACUCUCGGCUCCUGUGGCUUGGGCCUCACAUGUCACCGCCAGACGCAGACGCAGUCGACGUCACAGAAGCACGCCACGGACGGUGAACACCACACGCAAAAUGGCGAACCAGACGCUGGACCAGAUGGUCAAAGGCGCUCCGCCGCCUAGCACAAAUGUAAACAAGCUCGCUGAGAGAAUGGAGAGAGACCCGCCGCCAUACUCGGCCUCGAUACUCGCACACGGCCCCCACGAUGCAAACGACCGACUCCCUACUAUCAAGACCCCGCGACCGCCCGUCAUUAGCGACCCCACAGCCCUCCUUCCGUCGUCUCCGCCCCAGAUAUACUUGAAUCUCCUCAUCCUGGAAGCCAGUCUGCGCAGCCAGUACCUCACCCUACGCGCGCGGCGCCGGCAAAACACCUUUGUGCUGACAUUGCUGGCGGUAUGGAUCGGCUUCUGCUUUUACCUACUGUGGCUACGGCCGCGGGAGGAUGGCAAGGGAAUUGGUGGUUCACAAUAUUGGCUGCUUGAUAUGCUGCAAAAGGUCGGCUUCAUCACGGGUGUUGUCACGGCCCUUUUAUUCUGGGCAACAGGACAAUGGGAGAGAGGAGUCCGGUGGCCACGGCGCUGGAUUGGCGUUGCCAACCGCGGGCUGAGGGGCAUGAAUGCCAAGAUUGUCGUCAUCAGAGGGCCUUGGUGGAGAGAAUUGGUCGAGUGGGCGCACUUUGUUGUGCCUUUUUCGGGUGGCCUUUGGGGCGGAGAGACUGGAGGAAGCUCGUAUCACUUUAUCAAUGUUGCGCAGGAGAAUAAGCAUGCGUUAGACGGAGGCCGCCCACGACACCGUAUAGUUGAGGAUGGCAAGGAGUAUGCCGAAGAAGACAUUGCACCUGGAGGCGACUACAUCAAGCUUCUUCUUCUACCGAAGCCAUUCACACCCGACUUCCGCCAAGAAUGGGAAGUCUACAGAAACGAAUACUGGGCCACAGAAAACGAGCGACGAGCCGAACUCCGCAAGCGGGUCCGCGCCCGCCAACGCGAAAUCGCCCGGGAAGAAGGCGGCUGGCUCUGGUGGACAGGCUGGCGCGGCUGGAAGCGCGCGCGCGGCCUCAGCAGCCGCAGCGCCGACGUCGAGAAAUCCGGCCACCACGCCCACGCCCACCACCGCACCCUCUCGCACACCGGCUCCUCCCGCAAGCGCCGCUCUAGCCUCCUCCAACCAGCCCGCAACAGAGACCGCUCCCACUCCCGCAGCUCCUCCCGCAGUGUCACCCCUACAACGACCGACCUCGACCUCGACGCCCGCCUCCGCCCCCUUGAAUCCCGCGAGCGCCGCUGGAGUAACGCAUCUAAUAGUACGACUACGAGUCGCAAGUCAUCCCUUCGAUCUAGCUCCACUAUCAUUUCGCAAGGAACGGCGCAAUCGGCUCGUCAACCCCCUAGUCCUAUACAAAAGCAAACUUCGACGCCGGCUUCGUCGUCGAGACCGACCACACCGAGUGAUGGCAAUGUACCUUCUUGGCAGAGUAAAAGAGCCAGUAUGCUGAGUAAUACGGAGAGUAUGAGCGAGUUGAGUGAGGAUCCGGGGUAUGAAGCUUCGGUCGGGGAAGGGGUGGGUAGAAGUGGUGGGGGGAGGAGGGGAAGUGGGAGGGCGGAGAGUGCGUGAUCACCUUCCUUCUUCUCAUUCUUUUUCUUUGAAGAGUGUUCUUUUUGGGGGAGGCACGUAAGGAGAUUUUUUUUGUACAUUUAUGAAAAAGUGGAUUUGAGAGCUGCGGUGGCAGCGGAGGAGAUGAUUAUGUUCUGGGAUGUUUAAGUGAUACCUUUUUUUUUCUCUUCUACUUUUCUACGCUCCAAGUAGUUUGCGGGUUUCGUUUAGCUAGAGAGUAUUUGUACAAGAGAAAGUUGUAGAAAUGUGUAGGUUACGUUUUACUGCUAUGUAAGGAGCAUUGGAAAGUUUUAAAUGCAUGCUGGAUACUUGAAUCGCCGGACUAGGAUGGAAGGGGUGGAGAGAGAGAGUAGGCGGAAUGAAAUGUGCA